CGGCUCGCAGGUGGUUUGAACAGUUCUUCACGACGACUUCAGAGCGAGGAAUAGAGAUUUGUGUUAAACACCGCAUCUGUUGCGCGCCGCCCGUGAACGCGGUUCGGAGUUAGACGAAUCAAUCUUCACUGCGAUGGCCAAGUCAGCGUAAGGGCUGGUUUCCUCCAUAAAGAAGUCAAGUGGAUGAAAAACAGUACAGCCUAAUAUUUGAAUUACGUAAUCCUUGACGUCACAGAUUACGUACGCCAUGCUUUGCAGUGUGCUAUUUUGUUCAGAUGAUAAGGCUAAUUUUGUGAUACGAUAAUAUGUGGUAAACAUUUAACUGUGAUCAUCUUCAACUCUUUUAAAAACUAACCAUGGAGUGGACAACUUUAGCCGUCUUCCUGGUGGUUUGCGGACAGCUAUCGCACACUGGUAACGUACAGACAGACACCCGUUUGAAAAUCGGCUUCGUGAUCCACAAACAGGAGAACGGGAUAGGGCGUCACAUAGGGGGCGCGUUUUUCAACGCCCUCGACUACGUGAACAACGCGACGAUGUUCAACCAUCCGCUGACGUUCGACUACUACUUCCGUGACGUCGACGGUACCGACGUGGACGCCAACCGCGCCAUGGUGGAGCUCUACUGCAACAACACCGUGGCCGUCUUCAUCGGGCCCGACGCCUACUGCGCCAACUCAGCUCUAGCGGCGACGUCGUUUGACAUUCCUUACAUCGCGUAUAGCUGUAUAGACUCGAUAGCCAGGGAGGACAUGACCAACUACCGAUUCGUCAGCACGGAGCCGUCGUUCGUGAAGUCGGCCAAGUUCCUGACAUCAGUGUUGGUGCACUUCAAGUGGACGUCGUUCACUAUCAUCAGCGGCAACUACCUCAAGUACGCCGAGACGGCCAACCUCCUGGUGGAGCUCACGUCGUCGCUCAACAUCCGCCUCAACAACGUCACCGAGAACGACAACCUCGACUACAACCACCCCGCUAGCAACUCGUCCGAGUACAGAAAGAUUGUCGAAGAUACGUAUAAGCAGACUCGAGUGUAUGUGUAUCUGGGUCACUACGAAGCGUUGAUCGAAUUUGUGCGAGCUUUAAGCGAGCUUGGCCUCACUGAUACUGGCAAGUACGUCGUCGUGGCUGUUGAUGAUAGAGAAGAAAUAUCUAACCAGGACAGAUAUUUUGCCAAGCUCAGUGAAUUACGCAAUGACGUCAAGUCGCAACAUCUGGAGGCGUUCCGGAACGUGCUUGUUCUGGUUCCGGAAAGUAAGAAUCCGCACUGGGAUGCCUUCAAGAUAGAAACUCAACUCCGGAAUGAGGAGCCGCCAAUCAACGCGCCAAAGUGCAGACAUGAAUUCUGCACGAAGGAACGUAAUCUGAAGAUUCCCGGCCGGAAGGCUGCGUACCUACACGACGCCGUCAUGGUGUACGCCAGAGCCGCGCGGGACGUGUACGAUGAGGGGAGCGAUGUCUACAACGCCACACUGGUCAUCUCAAAGAUACGCGGCAGCACAUACCACAGUAUCCAAGGUUUUGAUGUUUUUAUUGGGGAUGUUGGCGACAACGACGGCAACUACACCCUGAAGAGCGUCCACGUGGACGGCGACACGUUGUUACCGGAGAUGUACUCAGUUGGCAGCUUCCAUAAAAACAACUCGACAAACAUCACGUACUCGCCAACACGAGACAUCGCCUGGGUGGCGGGUCACCCUCCCAGGAGCGAACCCAAGUGUGGCUUCAACGGCGAACACUGCGUGAAGACCAAAUUUAACUGGCAAAUGGCGACGAUUGGUAGCGCCAUUGCGGCCGUCGUGAUUGUUGUUCUGCUUCUUCUUAUCAGACACUACCUGUAUGAGCAGAAACUCGCACGGUUACUGUGGAAGAUAGACCGCUCGGAGCUCGUCUUCGUCGACAGACACGAGAACGAAAAUGUACAUCGGAAAACCAUAUACAGCCGGUGGCACUUCAUCUUUAACAAGGACAUUUACAACGACAUACUCAGCGACAACGACGACGCAAGCAACGACGGUGAUACGGACGUGACGAUAGCGACGUACCGGGGAACGACGGUCGUCAUUAAACAGGUGACGAGGAAGAACCUGGAACUAAACCGAUCGUUAAAGAAGCAACUUCAGCUGCGCAAGGAACUCAAUCACGACAACAUAAACCGCUUUGUGGGAGCGUGCAUCGAGACUCCGCAGAUAUACAUCGCGUCACAGUACUGUACGAGGAAAAGUUUAAAGGAUAUUCUGAAAGAUGAAAAUUCCCCACUGGAUGAAAUGUUUGUAGCUUCCCUUGUCUCCGAUUUAAUACGUGGCAUGAUUUUUAUACACGACAGUGCUAUUCUGUCCCACGGAAACCUCAAGUCGAGCAAUUGCCUCGUCGACAGCCGGUGGGUGUUGCAGAUUGCAGAUUUCGGACUUCACCCUCUCUUCACCAACUCCUCUCAGUCUGUUAAGGAUGACUUCAAGAUUUAUAAUCGUUUAAUCUGGAAAGCCCCUGAGUUACUGCGCGACGCCCGCCAUGACCCACGAGGUACCCCAAAGGGAGACGUCUACUCGUUUGCUUUGAUUCUGUACGACAUCCACGGCAGAAACGGACCCUGGGGGAACACAAACCUAGCACCUGAAGAAAUCGUUGCGCGUGUGCGUGACUGCGGAAGGUACAACGUCUUUCGACCAGAAACGACGGCGCUGUCCUGUCAGGAUUACUUCAUCAGCUGCAUGCACGACUGCUGGAACGAGCUUCCGGAUCAGAGACCCGACUUUAAGACAAUCAGAACGAGGCUGAAAAAUAUGAAUCUUGGAUUAAAGGCUAACAUAUUUGACAACAUGCUGGCGAUGUUGGAGAAACACGCACACAACCUUGAAGCGCUCGUGAUGCAGCGAACAGAACAGUUGUCCGCUGAGAAGAAAGUCACGGAGAAUUUGCUAUUGCGGAUGCUGCCUAGGUCAGUUGCCGAACAGUUGAAGCACGGCAAGCAGGUAGUGCCGGAACAGUAUGAAUGUGUUUCUAUUUACUUCAGCGACAUCGUCGGCUUCACCGAGAUCUCGGCCCAGAGUACACCCAUGGAGGUGGUCGACUUGCUCAAUGAUCUGUACAUAUUCUUUGACCGAGUUCUCGAGAGUUACGACGUCUACAAGGUGGAGACCAUCGGCGACGCCUACAUGGUGGUGAGCGGACUUCCAGCGCGGAACGGCUACCUGCACGCCGGCGAGAUUGCCUCCCUUUCUCUACAUCUCCUCAAUGCUAUCAAGAUGUUCAAAAUCAGACACAAACCGGAAGCCAUGCUCAGAAUUAGAAUUGGAAUUCAUUCAGGUCCGUGUUGUUCUGGAGUGGUUGGCCUGAAGAUGCCGCGCUAUUGUCUAUUUGGUGACACGGUGAACACGGCGUCGAGGAUGGAGUCCACGGGUGAAGCAUUAAAAAUCCACUGCAGUCAAGAAUGCAAAGAAAUUCUCGACAAGCUGGGAGGAUACCUGCUACAAGAGCGUGGAGUCAUCAACAUCAAGGGUAAAGGCGACAAAUGGACUUACUUUCUGGUGGGGGAGGACAGGAGUCAGCGGAUUCGUCGCAUAUCGCAGGAGAGGAUUUCCGGGAAGGCUCAGCGCUGCGUGUCCGCCAGUAACCUGGACUACACGGGGAAGAUCUUCACCAGCAGUAAUAUCAGUCGAAUGAGCACGCUGCCGCCCAUCCAGGACGGGAAGUGCUUGGAGAACUUUGACGUCGACCCCAGCUGGAUUCAGCUGGACGAUCUCACCCAGGAGCACCACCUGUUGAACGGGGACUUCUGCGUCUGCGAGGACGAGUCGUCGGAGAGGAACAAACUUCUCGAUGACGAUCGGUCGGCGUCGACGUCGCCGUCGACGUCGUGUGCGAAGUGCCAAAAACACCCGCUAAUCAAUGGUCACGUGACAGACAGGACUUCGCACAAUAAUUUCGGUGAAGUGAAGCACUAUUUGAAAAAUGAUUCCACUCCGGAGAGUGUUGUGUAGCACAGCGAUGCUGACGUCAGUGGUUACGUGACUGACAGGAUUUCGCACAAUAAUUUCGGUGACGUGUAGUACAAUCUGAAAAAUUACUCCACGUCGGAGAGUUUUGUGUAGCAUAGUGAUGCUGACGUCAGUGAUCACGUGACCGAUAUAAAGACAUGUAACACUUUUGGGUGUGUAUUACGUGAAAUGUACGGUAAAUUAAUGGGGUAAACAUUCUAGCGGACGGAUCAAACAAACUUUAUUUUUGAUUGUGGACGAAUAGUCUCGAGUUCUUCAGUGGGAGAGGUUUUGGAGGAUCAAUAGUCCUGGAUGAAAUGUAUAGUGGGCGAAUCAUACGCAACUCUACGAUUAUAAAUGCAGCUACGCCAGAGAUGUAACAUCCUGAAACUGACAUCAAUGGUGACAGCACUGGUCGUAUGACUUACACGACUGUACGUAGUUGUGGUCACAUGGCCUUUAGACCUGGUACAGGUUUGGUGAUAUUUCAUGCCAUCUUCUAAAUGAAUCUACGUCAGAGAGUAGACCGGGGCAGCAUCAUGACGUCAGUGGUCACACGUGAUUGACAGGAAAUGGCAGCUUUGUGGUUCCAUACUAUUUAAAACUGAAUAUACACCAGGAAGUCCAGACGUCAAUGGUGGCCAUGAUAGCAAUGUUGAUGACAGUAAUCACAUAACUGAUUGGACUUACGACAGUAUUACUAUUUCAGAUUACCAUAAAAGUAUAUGAACACCAGAAAGUGGUGUGUAAUAUCAUGAUCAUAGUGAUUAUGUUAGUGAUCAGUUUACUCGCAAGAAAUUUUGCAUUUCACAUUACCGUAAACACUUUGACCAACUAUUUCCGAAUGACGUUUUAACAACGAAAAUAGCUAGGCUGGCGGUACACUAUACUAACAUCACAGCGAAUACCUUAUCAUUUUGAUGUUGUAUUUAAUUGGCAGACAUCAACAGCUUGGUAAAGCAUUUUUCACCUCUUUUUUUUUUGAAUGCGGAUAAUUUGUUAUUUAGACCAAUACAAACAACAUUCGUGAAAACAAGUUUGUUUUUGACCCAGAAAGUUUGCUAAUUGCAGUUCAGAAGACAUUAAGAUCAUAUAAAAACAAGAAACAAUAGAAUAAAACACGAAAUAAACAACAGAAGAACAAAACAUCUACCUCAUAAUGACGUAAACUGACCGUAUAAUGAUCAGGACCCCGUUUCACGAAGUGAUCGUAGCCCUAGGUUCGACCACUUUAUGUGGAACGGGGCCCUGCAACAGAAGGUACUCAGUUCUGACAAUGGAAGAUCUUGUGACUGGUAAAUGUGGUACCUAAUUCGGCUUGUUUGUAAGAGAUACAAACUCGGAAAGGAAACAAAAGGUAUGCAAGUCACCUUCACCUUUGAGUUCACGAGAACAUUGGUGAUCGGGUCCCAAUGACCAGUCCAUGUAUAUAUGUGCCUGUCACCUCACUGCUAGCCUAUAGCCAACGAACCUCAGUCUGUGGUGGCAUACAGGGUCGUGCCUGGUGUAAAAUAUCAGGGGUGGGGUCGGGGUAGUAAACCAAUUAGGCUUUUUCAAGCCAAACAUUUGUAUCCGAAUUUAGAGGUCUUAAACGAAAAUAUAUAGGUUUGUAAGCAAAUCACGAAGCAUUGAAACAUUUCAAAAACUAGAUUUUGCGGCAAUGCAAUUUGUUACUUUUAACAAUUUAGAAUUCAUCAACUAUGUUUGCCCGAAAGUCUCUUUCGUUUUUUGCCUGAGAGAGAGAGAGAGAGAGAGAGAGAGAGAGAGAGAGAGAGAGAGAGAGAGAGAGAGAGAGAGAGAGAGAGAGGGGGGGGGGGGAGAGAGAGCGAGCGGGGGGAGUGGGGGGGGGGAGGAUGGGUGUAAUCAAAAUGUUAUCUGCCUAGUGUAUAUCAUGUGGUUAUUACCUUACUGCUAUGUCUCAGGAAUCGGUGAUACUUUUAGAAUACAAAACGCAUUUGUAUCAUAAUCUGAAUUGCAAAACACUGAAUUGUUUACAACUGUAUAUUUAAUAAUUAUACUGAUGGAAAGAAAUAAGGGAACACAAUUAAAGUAACAGCAUAUAUUGACUGCAACGAAAAGUCUCCUCCGCAGUAUCAGGAAGUUAACCAUGUAACUGGCUGUCAAGCCGGUGGUACCGAUAUUCAAUCACACAUUACAUCUCUGUAUGUUAUUCUAUACCGUGAUACCUACUCUAACAGUGAACAAAGAGUGAUCUCAAAUAUCAUGUUCCCGUAUUUAUUUCCAUCAGUAUAUAUUAUAUAUGUGGACAAAAGAAGCGAAGGGUCUUAACAACAUAUCUAUAAUUACUAUCAUAUUGUUAUCUACGAACACGGAUGUUUUUUGUUUUUUUGUGCGUCCCUACAUUUGUACUUAUGUAUGAAGUACAUAAAAAUGGCAACGGUGAUGAUAUUUACGGAGUCGGGCUGUUCUGCUUCUUUGAUGGUUUCUGUUAAUCCAUUUCAACUUAUUUUCGAGCUUAUAUCCAAUUAUGGUUCAAGCACGUUUUCCUGGGCACACACACCAGCUAUCUUGGCUGUGUGUCCAAGACAGUGAGUUAGUUGUUAGUGGUUAGUGACAGAGAAGAGGGUGUAGUGGUCUUAUAUCUACCCACUGAGUGGUUAAACCUCGCACUGGGUGUGAGCCAGUAUCGGGCUGCGAACCCUGUACCCACCGGCCUUAUGUUCGAUGGCUUAACCACGAGACCACCGAGGCCGGUUUUCUGUUAAAAGCACGUUUCUGGGUACACGGUCUUUGUUUUUACAAAAAGUCUUGACAAAGUUCAACAAAAGAAAAUAAGGUUUUGCAGCAGUCAUUUUUGUCAGUGAUCCAUAAAAUCGCCAAUGGUGUCAACGAUAAAAGGUUUCGAAAUGUGACAUAUCAUUACGAGGUAGCCUAUAUUGAUAUCUAGUCUAUGGACUAUAGUCUUAUUAAAAAGAAUGUACAUUUUAAUACUAACAUAACUGCAUUACAACCCAGACAAUUAUGAAAAUGACAACAACAACAAAAGUUCUAUGGAAAAAUAGUUUCCACGACAUUGUUCAUGGUGGUUAGAAUGUAUGAGAGAUUAAUUUGUCAGUAUUAUAAAAAUAAAUAAUUACGUUUCUUUGCAAAAUAAAUGCGAAAGAAAAUUGAAAACUCCGCGUCACUGCUGAUUGCCUUGGUUAAUUGUCGGGGUUGAUUAUAUGAUACGAAAUAGUAUGUGUUCGGGGAAUGUGUAGCCUGGGUUGGGGUAUCUGUGAAUAUUCCAUGAAUUUAGAUUAAUUAAACUUCAAUUGUUCUCCAUGUAAAAACUCAAGUGCCUCUUCGUUAUAUUUAAACACAAUUAGGCCCUUCCCUAACAAGAUUUGUUAUAUUCACUUAAACGUGUGGGUUGGGUUUUGUUUUUUUAGCAAACCUUCGAGAAUUGAAAAUUUGCCUGAACAGUUUAUGGGUUACACAAAAAACUAAAUCAAAUAACCGUUUCUGUGGGGUUUUUGUUUGUUUGUUUGUUUGUUGUUUUUUGGAUAACCCAAUAUGACCAUGUAUAUUAUUCACUAUAUUUAAUGCACGAAAAUGUGUCAAGCAAACGUUUACUUGCAUGAGCGAAGCACGAACGAAACGAUUGUUCUCGCAAUUGUAUAGGGUUUGUUUAAUAAAGUAUGCAUUGAAUACAUGAUUCCAUUGACGAAGUUUUACUCAAUGUAUAGUAUAUGUACCAAAUAUCUUGAAGCAAUUUGUAAAAACUAAAAUACUUCAAGCCUAUUUUUCUGCUUUGGACUUUCUUAUAAGUAUGAUUAAAUGAAACCAUAUUCAAUAUUAAACACUUUUAAUAUUGAUUAACAAUGUGUUAUCAUAUUGAUAACAGUAAAAAUAUUUUAGUAAAAUUAAUAAUUGUAAUUUGAAUAUUAUAAUUACAUCUUUCAAGUACAGACAGAGGCGUGUUAAGAAGAGAAAGCGCUCGCAGACGAUUCAGUAUAUAUCAUAAUAAUUGAAUGGAUUCCGAACAUCUGAUAGCGUUUGUCCUCUUGAACGUCGGUAUAUAUUUCGACAUUGUGACAGUAUUAAAAGAACACUAUGUCCAGUGUGUGUUGUUGAACAAAAUUACAGCAUUGCUGUUCUCUACGUAUGUUAUUUAUCGAUGGAAGUGUUAUAUUACAAGAAUAUAAAUGUAUAAGAAUAA